UUUACCAAAACAUUUAUUUUUUAGCCUUAAUUAUUUUUUUAAGUGUGAUCAAUACCUACUCUCCUCUCUCUACAAUUAGUUCUAAAUACUGUGUUAAGAGUGGGUAUGGGAAGCGAAGCCAUGACCUCUGGUUGCUGAGUCAAGCUUCUUUUGAACUUUUACCAUGGAGAAUGGAGAUAUUGACGUUAUUCAACUGUAAGGUAAAUAUCACUCAAUAUUGUUUCGAACUAGCCAUGGCGGUGGGCUUACUACUGCUAAUUGCUGCGUACUUUUUCCACUGUGAAGCUGCUGUGGUGAUCCGUAAAGAUGUCCUCAACGAACGCCCCAUCCUUGGUGUCUUGUCACAGGAGCAAUCGUGGUAUCUACACACAAAGUUUCCCGAAGAAAACUAUACGAGCUACAUAGCGUCUUCAUAUGUGAAAGAUGUGGAAAAAUCCGGUGCAAGAGUUGUGCCGAUUCUAAUCGGCAAAGAUCGCUCCUACUACAGAAAUAUCAUGGGAAAGAUUAACGGAGUGCUCUUCCCGGGCGGUGCUACGUAUUUGAACCAGUCCAACGGUUACGCCGACGCCGCCCAACAUAUCUACGAACUUGCACAAGAACUGAACGACGCUGGAGAUUACUUUCCCAUUUUCGGAACAUGUUUAGGAUUUCAACUGCUCGUCAUACUUGCAUCGGGCCGAGGACCGAAAGAGAAUCGAAUCAGUUGUCGGUCGUAUGAAAAUUUGCCGCUUAAUUUUAUAAAGGAUUUUCGCGAAAGCAAAAUGUUUGGUGAAACACCACAAUAUAUUAUUGAUAUGUUGAAGAACAAGGACAUCACAGUAAAUGUUCAUCAGUUCUGUGUAGUUGAUGAAAGCCUGAGGUCUCAUAAUCUGACUAAAGACUGGCGCGCAACUUCUUACAGCUAUGAUGAACAUGGCGUCAGAUUCAUUGCGAGCAUUGAAAAUAAAAGGUAUCCGUUCUACGGAGUUCAAUUUCACCCAGAGAAGAGUUCAUUUGAAUGGAAAUUAUCAAAGAACUACGCACACUCGUUCGAUGCCGUGCGAGCAAACCGAUACUUCAUGGAUUUCUUCGUCAACGAGUGUCGGAAGAGUCAACACUUUUUUGAAAAUGCAGCCGAAGAAAACGCCUAUUUGAUAUAUAACUACGAACCACGAUUUACUGGUGUCCUUGGCAGCAGUUACCAUCAGUGUUAUAUGUUUGAACCGAGAGGAAAUGUAUAAUUUUGUCCGUUUAGUUAGCUAUUUUGCGCUUCCCUGUGAUAUUCGUAGUGCUGUAAAUAUGCACCCUUAAGUUUAUUAUUAAUUUAUUUUUAAAGAGACGGAAUAUCUUAGUAUUUCCAUAGAUUCACCGUGCGGGUGCCGGAUCCAUCGUGUGGCAGGGAGAAAACCCCCGAACAGAUUCCCGGACUUGUGACCGAUGUUGUAGGGUUAAGAAAGUCCUUGACAGUUAACUAACACUCCCCUUCUCCGCUCGUGUUGUUCUCCCUGCCUAGCCAACUUUGGUAAGAUCCUACUAGAGCAUCUUUGAAUACCCUUUCUAAUAUAGAACUUGCUGCCGUUCUAGUGAGGCCAAGGUCUUUAAGCAAGUUAUAAUAAAUAAAUAAAUAAUAAAAAUAAAAAAGCCAUUUAUUCUCAAA